CCGCAAAAAUUACCACUCGACACCACUUGUCAAGUUUUAUCAAUCUUAUCUUUCCUCUGCAAUUUUUUAUCAAUAGUCGUAGAUCUGGAGCUCUCUCAGAACCUCCAUAGGAGUAGGAGUAACUUAAUGUAGAUCUGUCUCGAGAGUCGUGUAAACAUCGAACACCCUCGUUCGAACUGUGUUUGAAGAGGUGUGAACCGUGUUUAGUGAUCGUUGUCCAAAGAAGUCAAAGGUGCAAUCAAUUUAUUUUCAACGCAAGUUUCUCACAGGGAAAUAAAUUUGGCACACCUGGUGGGACACUUGUGGUCGAUUCGAUGGCUCCGAGGCGGAGGAAUAUGGAAGGGGACGUUCCGGCUGGAUUCGUGGAGGAGCAGGUGGCCAACAUCGAGCAUGGCCAAGCAUCUGACGCGGUGGCCGGAGGAAAUGGUGGAGCAGAGACCUUGGUGGCGACUGCGCCUGGUGGAGAACUUGGCGAAGCCGUGGGGGCCCUUCGUCAGAUGAUGGAGGAGAACCGUAAGAUGGUGGUUGACACCCAUCAAGUCACGGAGGAGAACCGCCAAAUGCUGAUGGAGAACCGCCGCAUGUUGGAAGAAACUCGGGCAAAUACUCAUCAGGUAAAUUCUCAGAUAGACUGUCUCAAUUCUCGCCUAGAUAGACGUUUCAGUCAAUUGCUUGAAGUAGUCAACAAAAAUGCAAAUGAGGUGGAUCAACUCCGACAGUCUUUAGGUAGACCAGUAGUGCAGUCAAGAGCUUUGCCAUUAGAUGGCACAGGCCUAACGCCUACUAAUAGUGUUCUUUCUCCCGCCGGUGGUCGGAAUGGCCAACCACGACAAGAGAACUUGCCGCAUCAAACGGCAAGCCAACCACCUCUACGUCGAGUAGGCGAUGUUGAGAUUCCUGUUACAACUCAAGUGGGGGAAUCGUCACAGGCACGCGUGGGAGUUGAUGUGGUACCCCCGCGUGGUGAGAACCUCACCACCAUAUUCAACACUCGAGUUGAGCAGAAACCCGUGCAAGUGGGUGUUCGUCCCUCUAUCCCGGAGGCGAGACCCUACGUGGCUCCCGUGAAUUUGGGAGUAGGAGGAGGCUUAGGUGGUAACAUGGAUCAAAUCCCACCUCGAUGCUACCCGACUCCAAUGCCACUCCAUUUCAAUGGGCAGGGCAUGGACCCCAUUGGGUUUGUACCAUAUGGGGGGCAACAAGGGGGGCAUGAGCCCAACACUCUUAGGGAUCAGGUGGCUCAACUCCUCACGGAGCAGUUUGGCAUGGGAGUAAGACCUGCUAUGCCACCUGUAUACCGUAAGCCGUACCCAGCAUGGGUAGAUAGACUUUACCCGUUUCCAAGGGGAUUCAGGGUUCCCGAGUUUGCCACAUUCACAGGAACUGGAGAUCAGUCCACUGUAGAGCACGUUGGACGUUUCACUGUUCAAUGUGGUGAUGUAGGAGAUUUUGUUAAGUUAAGACUAUUUGGAAACUCGUUGACAGGACCAGCUUUUGCUUGGUACGUUAACUUGCCGUCUAACUCCAUCCAGACUUGGCAACAGAUGAAACAAGUCUUCCACGCUCAGUUUUACAGAUCUGAGCCUGAGGUGUCCAUGGCUGACUUGGCACGUAUGCGCCAACAGCCAGGGGAAUCGGUUGAGCAUUUCUUGACUAACUUCAAGAAUGCCCGUAACCGUUGCUUUGUUAAUUUGACGGAGAGGGAGUUCGUCAAGCUGGCACAAGGGGGUUUGAGUUUUGAACUAAGGAAGAAAUUUCAAGAUAGGGAGUUCUCUGAUUUAUUUCAACUCAUGUCUUGUGCUGUGAGGUAUGAGUCUCUUUUACACGAGGAAGAGAAUCGUAGGAGUGCAUCAAGGGGAUCAUACUUCCCAAACUUAGAUUAUACCAUCAAUCAUAUUGGCCACGAGGCCAAUGAGGUUGAGGUAGACUUGGCUGAGAUAACUCCAGGGAAGCCAUACAUAUGUGCUUCCUUGUCUAAAGUUGAAGAGGGACCACAAGGGGGGAGACCCAAUCGUGCUCCCAUUCAGCCAAGGAAGUACUCCUUUGACUUCUCCAAGGCAGACUUGAUUUUUGACCAACUCUAUAAGGAUGGUCAAGUCAAGUUGACAGGGGGGCAUGUCUUUCCCUCACCCGAGAAAUUAAAAGGGAAAAAGUAUUGUAAGUGGCAUAAUAGCAUGUCACAUGCCACUGAUUCUUGUGUGGUGUUCCGUAAUGUCUUGCAGGAUGCCAUUGAAAAGGGACGUAUCAAGUUCCCUGAAGCAAAGAAGGAUGCCAUGUUGGUGGACACUGAUCCGUUCCCCAAGGUGCUUGGCGUCAACAUGGUCAACCCGGAUUUCUCUAAAGUCGAGUUGCCACGCUUCAAGCUGGUGUUGGAUACAACACCACCUCGAAGAAGCCCCAACGUGGUUCUCGAGCAAGGGAGCUCGUCGGGUACUAAGCAAGCCAGUCCGGCCGCAAUGAUGACUGAUGAAGUGGACAAGUUGUGUGCUCGGUGCAAGAAGAGUCUCAAGCUUGACGAAGAGAAGUCGGGAUGUCCAUCUGGGGGGCAGGUGGUUUCCAAGAAGCCACAUCAACCCAAAGCCACACAUUUUUGUGAUAAAUAUGAUAAUAUGGCUAAGUAUGGACAAGAAGGCAUGCCACCAAUCACAAACAAUGGACACGAGGGCAAGUUUAAUAAGGAAAGACGUGGAAAAGGCAGAAAGAGUUGUCACAGUCUCGCAAAUUUGGCUAAGUAUGAACAAGGGAGCAUUUCACCCACCAUGAAGAAUGGAGUAGGGAGCAUCUCCAAGAAGACACAACAAGUCAAACCCCCACAUGGAUUUUGUAAGCGUGAGAUUAUGGACAAGGGAGGAUUGGGGGGCAAGUCCAUGUCAAUGAAUAGUAAGUACUCAACACCAACCACCAAGAGUGGACAUGGGGGCAUGUAUAAGAAGUCACCAUACACACCAGCCAAACAUGGUUGCACAAAGAAUCAAUGGUGUUUGAGUGCUAAGUGUAGGGGCCAACAAGGUUUAUAUGGUGAAAGACGAAGACAAGAAAGCUACACGAGUGGUUGUCGACUUGUCAAGCCUAGACCUGGUCUCCAACGUCGUGAGGAGAUUAAGCAUGUAUCAAGUGGGAGGAAAUCAAGGAAGAAGAAUAAUCAUGAUAGCCUUGACAUGUCAAGUAAGGUGGCCCAAGCAAAGAAGCAUGAUACCUCAUGCAAUGCCACCAAAACUAGACAUGCUGAUUAUGUACCACCCAUUAGUGAGCUAGAAAAUUCAAAGUUAAUGUAUGAAGAUUCAUCUCUCAUGGAGGAAAAGAGUCAUGUGGUCUAUGGAUGGCAUGUCUGGUUUGAUCCAUGGACUUGGCAAUGGGUGUACACCUUUGGUACAUCGAUUGUUGCCAAAGGCUAUGGAGAGCAGUGACAUCUGUCACUUCUUGCCAUAUAAAAUAAAUAAAUUUAUAUAAUGUACUCAUUAUAUAUUAGUUAUAUAAAAAAAAAUAUUGUAGCCAAACGUGGCUAAAAGAAAUGAUAGAAGGAAAAUAUCAAAGUUAAAAUCUUGAGUCGGAGUUGUUAGACUUCGACAUGAAGAUCUUGCCACCAAGUCAUUGUGAUGGCUUGACAUAACGAACCAUACAUCAGGCCAUGCCAUGUUAUCUUGUCCCGAGUAGCCACGGCCUGGGGGGCAUGAUGGCUUGAAAGUGGUGGUAGAGGAGUGGUGACCAUAAUGUCUCUACCAACAUAAAAAUGAACAUUAUUUUUUCUA